AAGCAGCAGCCACGUCGAACUUCAUUUCCCAGAAGGAAAUGCAAUCUGUCAGUUUUUAUACGAUCUACGAGCUCAGACAGGCAGUGCAAGGGAGGACUCAUCGGAACGGUUUCAAUUCUGUCUGUCGUUCAAUGAUUAUUGCAUUUGCAGUCAAAACAGGCAACAUUUAAACUCACUUGGCUAUAAAUAGUGAAUCCCUAGCCCCCCGCCCGCUACCCUUGCACAGAGAUAUGAGCGGCAGCGGGCGGCCCAGAACUAGCUCGUUUGCUGAGCCACAAGGUGUUCCCGGAGCCACUGCAGCAUCCACUGGAUCAGCCGCUGCCGUGGGGAGCAGCACAGGAAAGACCGGGGUCCCGCAGGCCUCGGGGAGCAGUUCGUCUGGAUGCUCGAAUUUAAAGCUGGCCAGGGACAGUGGGAAAGUGACUACGGUGGUGGCCACAUCUGGGCAGGGUCCCGACCGCCCACAGGAGGUGUCCUACACGGACAUCAAGGUGAUCGGGAAUGGCUCCUUCGGUGUGGUGUACCAGGCGCGCCUAAUCGACAGCCAGGAGAUGGUGGCCAUCAAGAAGGUGCUGCAGGAUAAGAGGUUCAAGAACCGAGAGCUACAGAUCAUGCGAAAGUUGGACCACUGCAAUAUCGUGAGGCUACGCUACUUCUUCUACUCUAGUGGUGAAAAGAAGGAUGAGGUGUUUCUCAACCUGGUGCUGGACUUUGUCCCGGAGACUGUGUACAGGGUGGCCCGGCAUUUCAACAAGGCCAAAAGCAUCAUUCCUAUAAUUUACAUCAAGGUGUACAUGUACCAGCUGUUUCGCAGCUUGGCCUAUAUCCAUUCCCAGGGUGUCUGCCACCGAGACAUCAAACCCCAGAACCUGCUGGUGGACCCUGAAACGGCAAUCCUUAAACUCUGUGACUUUGGGAGUGCUAAGCAGCUGAUUCGUGGGGAGCCCAACGUGUCGUACAUCUGUUCGCGGUACUACCGCGCCCCAGAGCUCAUCUUCGGCGCCACCGACUACACGGCCAACAUCGACAUCUGGUCGGCGGGCUGCGUGCUGGCCGAACUGCUGCUGGGACAGCCCAUCUUCCCUGGGGACAGCGGAGUGGACCAGCUAGUGGAGAUCAUCAAGGUUUUGGGAACCCCGACACGGGAACAGAUCCGAGAAAUGAACCCCAACUACACAGAGUUUAAAUUCCCCCAGAUCAAAGCGCAUCCCUGGACAAAGGUGUUUAAGCCUCGCACCCCUCCAGAGGCCAUCGCCCUGUGCUCGCGCCUGCUGGAGUACACCCCGGUCACGCGCUUUUCGCCCCUGGAGGCCUGCGCUCACGCCUUCUUCGACGAGCUGCGCCAGCCCAACGCCCGGCUGCCUAGCGGCCGAGAGCUGCCCCUGCUCUUCAACUUCAGCACCACCGAGCUGUCAAUCCAGCCCCAACUGAACUCCACCCUCAUUCCUCCUCAUGCCCGCACACAGACUGCUUCAUCUGUAGAUGGCUCUGGGUUAGACGGCUCCUCUCAGCACAGCUCAAUACCCGGAUCGCUAAACAACAGCACCUGAAACGUCCCUGCAAACCCUCUGUUUGUCUACCAGCCCGACCACACACACACACACACACACACUGUCUGCCAGCCUGAACACAAACACACACACUGUAUUGCUUCUUUCUUCCUCGCUGCUUGUUAUUUUCGCCUUUGGUUACAAACACAUCUUUUUGUACUGUACAUACAUUGAACAAACCAUUCAUAGCGUAAGAGGAUAUCAUUAGCUGACAAGGUAGUUUUGUUACAUUAAAUUGAAAUUUGAUCAGCACUACUAGCUGAGAGUUGGAAACGCAUACAUACUUUCUCAUGUACUGACACCUUAAGUGUUAUCCCACUCCCUCGCUGCAUCGCCUUUGGCCCAGCUCUCCCCCUGUCUUUCUCUCCUGCUGUUGGGGGUGGCAUUUAAAGCUCCAGUAGGUGGGGCAGGUCCUCUGUAUAAUAAUACUUUUUUUUUAAUCAAGGUAUUUUGUUUUCUUUUUAUUCUGUUUUAUUUAUUUGACUGAAAACUUCAUGAAGAGUUCUGCCACCACCACACACAAAGUAAACAGGAGUUUGUCUCUAGAAGCCAAUUGAGGUGUUUCCCAGUUAGAAUCAUUUGGUCACAUUGUAGACAAAUGGGAUAAAAUGGUGCUGGUUGCAAGAUGGAGGGAUGAAGAGGCUGUGGUUUUUUUAUACUUUUUAUUAAAUUAUAUUUAAAAAGAGAUGAAAUGACAGCUGCUUUUUUCUUUUACUUGUAAAUGUAUUUUUUAAUUUGCUUCGGAAAAGGCACUGUGAAUUUUUACAUUGAAAGGGGAGUGCAAGUUAUAAUUGGUAGCCAUACUUGCUAGCAAUUUCCCAAUAUGUGUGUGUUGAGGACCUAAAGGAAAAGUUUUGACAGAUGGUGAGGGUGGUGGUGUUUGUGUGUGGAGACUGAGAGAUCCAUGAUUCACAUCUAUGUAGCAGCAUCUCUCCCACUGACAGUCCCAAACUGAGCCCCCCUUUAUUGCGCAUGAAGGCAAUCAAAUACAGGAAUCAAGGUCCUAUGGAUGAUUAAGACUGCUGUGGUAGUCAAAUGUCACCUUCCUUUUGGCUUCAAUAUAUGGCAUACCAUAAAUAUAUUCUAUGGUGAGGUUACAUGUUUGUUUAAAAAAAAGUCUGGUUCUUGUUAAUUUGGCGCUUGUUUUCCAUUCAUAGCAUGAACUCUUCAGAACUCCUGAUUUGUAAGAGGGACCUUUCUGAAAGUAUAUACACACCAUGCUGUGUUUAAAAUAUUCAUUCAUAUUUGUAGUGAAUAAAGUGGACUUUCGCAGCACACUUGUAAGAAUCUUUGUUAGUGUGGCAUCCAUCUAGAUUGUAGAGGAAGAAGGGAUUAUCAAAUAUGGGUUCAGCCUAAUGGACAUAAAUAUAUCCUAUGGAGUAGCUGACUCCAGUUUGGACUUUGAAGCAGACCAUGAUCCCAGUUACUUUCUAUAGAUUCUCUGAAAUGGGAGUCAGUGGGCGUGUGUGAAGACGUGUACUCUUACUGGUGUAGAAGGGCUGAUAGCGAGAUCAUAGUAGUCCUAUAGGCUUGUACUUUGCUGUGUGCUUGUGGGAGUUAAUGAGAAUAAGUGAGAAAUUGAAGGGUGGGGGAAUAGCUGAGUUUUUGUGUGAUGUGUUCAUGUGAAUAAUUGUACCCUCCAAUCCAAACUGCACCGUUUAAAAAGCCAGUGUUGUAGGUUUAGAUCAGUUCUCAGUAAUGACCACUUGAACGCUUUCUAGUGCAAGCGUGUUAUGCUAUUGUACAACCUCUGCCACCCCCUUGUAUGAACAACCCUCAUAUGUGCUGACAUUGAUUUAAAUAACUCAUUUUCCCUCCCUGUAUCUCUUUGAAGCCAUCUGCUUCCUAGCCCGGAAUCCCAACUGAUUUGCUUGAAAUGUAGCAUAUAGUUUUGGAUAUCAUUUGCAUCCCGCCCUAAUCCAUGCCCCUCUCUCUUGUCUUAUUGCACAUCUGUAAAUAUCAUCCACUUUUUAUGUUUAUUACAGUUUUGUUUAUUUUCAUUUACCUUUUGAAGCCGUCCUUGACUUACUGGUUUCAUUUCCAUUCAAAAGUCUGUAAAUACAAUUUGUUUCGAUGUCCUGAUUCAAGAUGUAAAUACAACAACAACAAAUACCGCUUUUUUUCUCCCUUUUGUUGACGUCUCUCCCUCCGUCUCUUUCUGGUUGUGCACCCCUAUCACCAUACGAUUGUACUGUAUCUCGCUGCUUUAUUUAUUACUCACUUGGUGUUCUCUCGUGUAGGGAGAGGUUGAGGCACCUAACUGUUUUGUGGGCAUUAUGUCAAAUGUACUGUACUUGGCACCCACACAUUGGUAUUUUAAAGCAAGUUACUUUUUUGAAUGGGGGGGGAAAAGUGUUUGGUUGGACAGAUCAAGAUUUAAUUUCCAGUUUCACAUAUGUACUGGCCUUUGACAGAGAAAUGUGAGUGUGGGCUGUUUUGAAUUUACCAGACAACCAUUCGGCCAAUGCACUGCCCCCAUUCCUAUUCAUUACAAUGGGUACCUAAAAAGAUUUCAAGUGUGUGAAAGUGCCAUGUUGGGAUGCAGAGGAGCCAUAAUACCUUUUUUACCCAGUGUAAUGUGAAGGCUAAACCUGAGGGCCAUGAUGGCGACACAAGGUCGGUUGAUGCAGCCAGCCUCCCGCCCUUGACAAUGCCUAAGCCCAUCACGGACAAUACCGACUUCUGCUGCUUUCAAAAUGGCAGCCAUGGACAAAGUGCGGUGACUGCAGUACGAGCUCGUUAUCAACCCCCUCCCCUUACAUUUACAUUUUAGUCAUUUAGCAGACGCUCUUAUCCAGAGCGACUUACAGGAGCAAUUAGGGUUAAUUAGGGUCCCCUUCUAUGUGUGCUACCGUGAGCGUAUGUGUUGAUGUACCUGCCUAGCUGCAGGUUUCAUAACUAAGUCUCAGCAGUAUCAGGCUACAAGCGUUUAUCCUAUAAGUACCAUGUUGUGUGUAUCAACAUGUAUGUAUAGCAAACCAAGUGAGAUCACUUUUUACAGUUCUGUGACAUUGAUCAGUCGUUUUUCAUUCCAAUCCUGUUUCAAUUGCAUCAUCCUGGCCAGGAGAACUGGUGUGUUUUUGGGAUGAGGGAGGAGAGCGAAGGAGGGAGAGAACCAAACUGUUUGUCUGUAUGAAAUGGUCUCAUUUAAUAAAGUGAAAAAUAGGUCUGAAAAAUCAAA